AUGGCGCCUGCUGCCUGCAGCUUGGGUGCGGGCUGCCCGAAAGACUCCGGGACUGACAGCCCUGAAACUUCGUGGGGAGGGGAAGGAAAGGCGCGGAGGAAGAGGGUGCGGGGCAGCGUUGCGGUACCUCUCCCAGCAGUCAUUGGGGCUUGGAUUCAUAGCACGGUGCUUCUUGGUGACAGAGGGCACAAUGCUGGUAGCUGUGCCCACCUAUUCCUGGACAGGCACUGGUGUGAGCAGACAGAGACUGUCCACGUGGAAGAGGAAGUAGCUCCUCGUCAGGAGGACCUAGUACCCUGCACCAGCUUAUAUCAUUAUAUCAGCCUAGGCUGGCGGCUGGACCUCCCCUGGAGUGGCCGUAUGGGGCUCACCAGGCCCCCAGCACUUGGGCUCUGUGCCAUCUACAAACCUCCAGAAACCCGGCCUGCUACUUGGAACCGGACAGUGAGGGCUUGCUGUCCAGGAUGGGGGGGUGCUCACUGUACAGACGCCCUUGCCGGAGCCAGCCCUAAAGGCCACUGCUUUGUCACAUGGCAGUGCCAACCUCUAGCAGGCUCAGCUAAUUCUUCGACGGGAAGCCUAGAGGAAUGCUGUGCCCAACCCUGGGGACACAGCUGGUGGGACAGCCGCUCCCAGAUGUGUCUCAGCUGUUCUGGUCAGCAACACUCAGGCAAUGCUUCCUCUGAGUCCCUCCUGCAGCCUCUGGGAGGGGCUGUAGGCCAGCUCUGGAGCCAGCGCCAGCGUCCCUCAGCCACCUGUGCCACCUGGUCCGGCUUCCACUACCAAACCUUUGACGGGCGUCACUACCACUUCCUGGGCCAAUGUACCUACUUGCUAGCUGGUGCUGUGGAUUCCACCUGGGCCAUCUACCUUAGGCCUAGGGUCCACUGUCCCCAGCCUGGGCAUUGUUGGCUGGUUCAAGUGAUGAUGGGGCCUGAGGAGGUUUUGAUCAAAGAUGGAGAGGUCUCUGUGAAGGGCCACCCAGUGCCUGUAGUGGAGCCUCUGCUGCUCCAUGGGAUGAGCCUGCAGUGGCAGGGGGACUGGCUGGUGCUCUCUGGGGGCCUGGGGGUUGUUGUGAGCCUGGACAUGUCCAGUUCCAUUUCCAUCUCCGUGGACUAUGAGUUCUGGGGACGGACGCAGGGCCUCUGUGGCCUUUACAAUGGCCGGCCAGAGGAUGACUUUGUGGAGCCAGGAGGGGGACUGGCUAUGCUAGCUGCUACCUUUGGGAAUUCAUGGAGGAUCCCUGGUUAUGAGCCUGGGUGUCUGGAUGCAGUGGAGGUGGCCCAGGGCUGUGAGGGCCUUCUGGAAAGUACACAAACCGGCUUGGAAGCUGGCAGGCUUCACGCUCAAGCCCAGGACAUGUGCCACCAACUGCUGGAGGAUCCAUUCUGGCAGUGUCACGGACAGGUUCCCCCAGAUGAGUACCAUGAGACCUGCCUCUUUGCCUACUGUGUUGGAGCCACAGCAGGCAGUGGCCCAGAGGGGCAACUGGAAGCUGUGUGUGCCACCUUUGCCAACUAUGCCCAGGCCUGUGCCAGGCAGGGCAUCUAUGUGCACUGGAGGAAACCUGGCUUCUGUGAACGCCCAUGUCCAGGGGGUCAGCUCUACUCUGAUUGUGUCUCUUCCUGCCCACCCAGCUGUUCAGCAGUAGCCCAGAGCGAGGAGGGGCCUUGUGGGAAAGAAUGUAUGAGUGGCUGUGAGUGCCCAACCGGCCUCUUCUGGGAUGGUGCCCUCUGUGUGCCUGCUGCCCGUUGUCCCUGCUACCACCGGCGCCAACGCUACGCCCCUGGUGACACUGUGAACCAGCAGUGCAACCCUUGUGUGUGCCAGGAUGGCCGCUGGCACUGUGCCCAGGCCCUGUGCCCUGCUGAGUGUGCAGUGGGCGGUGACGGGCAUUACUUCACCUUUGAUGGGCGGAGCUUCUCCUUCAGGGGCAGUCCUGGCUGCCACUACAGCCUGGUGCAGGACUCUGUGAAAGGCCAGCAGUUGGUUGUGUUGGAACAUGGGUCCUGUGACACCGGAAGCUGCCUUCAUGCCCUCUCUGUCUUCCUGGGGAACACCCACAUUCAGCUCAGAUCCUCAGGAGCUGUGCUGGUAGCCGGGCAAGACGUUGACUUGCCCUGGAUUGGUGCUGAGGGCUCCAAUGUUUCCCGCGCCUCAUCUACAUUCUUGCUAUUGCGUUGGCCUGGGGCCUGGGUUCUCUGGGGAGUGGCUGACCCUGCAGUAUACAUCACCCUGGACCCCCGUCAUGCCUAUCAGGUGCAGGGUCUGUGUGGCACCUUUACCCGGAAGCAGCAGGAUGACUUUCUGACGCCUGCUGGAGACGUAGAGACCAGUGUCACCGCUUUUGCCAACAAGUUCCAAGUGCCAGGCGAUGGAAGAUGCCCCUUGGCGGACACCGGCCCACUGUUCUCCUGCAGCACUUACUCCCAGCGCCUCGCUUUCGCAGAGGCAGCCUGUGCUGUCCUUCAUAGCCCCACCUUUCGGGAGUGUCACGGACUGGUAGAGCGGGAACCAUUCCGGCUACGGUGCUUGGAAGCUGUGUGUGGCUGUGCCCCUGGCAGGGACUGCCUAUGCUCUGUGCUCUCUGCAUAUGCUCGCCACUGUGCCCAGGAGGGUGUCCUGCUACAAUGGAGGAACGAGACCCUGUGCCCUGUCCUGUGUCCCGGUGGCCAGGAGUACCAGGAGUGUGCCCCAGUGUGUGGUCGCCACUGUGGGGAGCCAGAAGAGUGUAAAGAGCUUGGCCGUUGUGUGGCUGGUUGUAAUUGUCCCCCGGGAUUGCUGUGGGACCUUGAGGGCCAGUGUGUCCCUCCCAGCAUGUGUCACUGUCAACUUGGAGGCCGUCGUUACACCUUCAGCACCAGUACCACUACAAAAGAGUGCAGCCGCUGUGUCUGCCAGGAAAGGGGCCUUUGGAACUGCACAGCUCUCCACUGUCCCCCAAAGCGGGCACUUUGCCCCCAGGAACUCAUCUAUGCCCCUGGUGCCUGCCUUCUCACCUGUGACAGCCCCAGUGCCAACUAUUCCUGUCUGGCUGGAAACAUGGAUGGCUGUGUUUGUCCCCCUGGCACUGUGCUGCUGGACCAGCGCUGUGUGCCUCCUCAUCUUUGUCCCUGCCGUCACAAUGGGCAGUGGUACCCACCCAAUGCCACCAUCCAGGAAGAUUGCAACACUUGUGUGUGCCAAGGCCAGCGGUGGCACUGCACAGGUCAGCGGUGCAGCGGAUGGUGCCAGGCAUCUGGCGCCCCCCAUUAUGUGACAUUUGAUGGGCUGACCCUUACCUUUCCUGGGGCCUGCGAGUACCUGCUGGUGAGAGAGGCUGGUGGCCGCUUCAGUGUCUCUAUCCAGAACCUGCCUUGUGGGUCCAGUGGCCUCACGUGUACCAAGGCAUUGGCUGUGCGGCUGGACAGUACUGUUGUGCGCAUGCUCAGAGGUCAAGCAGUCACAGUGAAUGGAGCUAGCAUAAAGCUCCCCAAAGUCUACACAGGCCCCGGGCUGAGCCUGCACCAUGCUGGCCUCUUCCUGCUGCUGACAACACGCUUGGGUCUCACGCUGCUCUGGGACGGAGGCACCCGGGUCCUGGUACAGCUAUCCCCCCACUUCCAUGGUCGUGUGGCUGGGCUGUGUGGAAACUUUGAUGGUGAUGCCAGCAAUGACCUGCGGAGCCGCCAAGGAGUCCUGGAGCCCACAGCAGAGCUGACUGCCCAUUCCUGGCGCCUCAAUCCCCUGUGCCCUGAGCCAGGAGACCUGCCACACCCCUGUACAGCGAAUGCCCAUCGGGCAAACUGGGCCCGGGCCCGCUGCGGGGUGAUAUUGGAGCCAAUCUUUGCCCCGUGCCACACAGAGGUGCCCCCGCAGCAGCACUACGAAUGGUGUGUGUAUGACGCCUGCGGGUGUGAUACAGGGGGUGACUGUGAGUGCCUCUGCUCAGCCAUUGCCACCUAUGCCGAUGAGUGUGCCCGGAACAGACAUCCUGUGCGUUGGCGCAGCCAGGAACUCUGCCCCCUCCAGUGUGAAGGAGGUCAAGUAUAUGAAGCCUGUGGCUCUGCAUGUCCCCCUACCUGCCAUGAUCAUCAUCCUGAGUCCAGAUGGCACUGCCAGGCCAUUACUUGUGUGGAAGGCUGCUUCUGCCCUGAGGGGACACUGCUGCACGGUGGAGUCUGUGUGGAGCUGGCUGCCUGUCCCUGUGAGUUGGGGGGCAGCUUCUUCCCACCAGGGACUGUGCUGCAAAAGGACUGUGGAAAUUGCACGUGUCAGGAAAGUCAGUGGCAUUGUGGAGGUGACGAUGUCCCAUGUGAGGAGACGGAACCUGGCUGUACAGAAGGAGAGGCUCUGUGCAGAGAGAGCGGGCACUGUGUGCCACUUGAGUGGCUUUGUGACAACCAGGAUGAUUGUAGUGAUGGCUCAGAUGAGGAAGGCUGUGCCACCUCAGGCUGUGGGAAGGGGCAGAUGUCUUGCCAGUCUGGCCGCUGCCUGCCCCUGUCUCUGCUCUGUGAUGGGCAGGAUGACUGUGGAGAUGGCACAGAUGAGCAGGGGUGCCCGUGUCCUCAUGGCUCUCUGGCCUGUGCUGAUGGUCGCUGCCUGCCCCCUGCCCUGCUGUGUAAUGGGCAUCCCGACUGUCUGGAUGCUGCAGAUGAAGAGUCCUGCCUGGGGCAGGUGAGGUGUAUUGCUGGAGAGGUCUCCUGUGUUGACGGCACUUGCAUUAGGACCAUCCAGCUGUGCAAUGGAGUUUGGGACUGCCCAGAUGGAGCUGAUGAGGGGCCCGGUCACUGCCCUCCGCCUUCUCUGCCUACUCCCCCUGUUGACAUUGGGCAGAACCCUUCCACCAGCUCCCCAGAUACAGCACCGAGUCCUGUGGGUAGUGCUAGUCCUGCGUUCCUCUGUGGCCUCUCUGAGUUCCGGUGCAGUAGUGGAGAAUGCACCCCACGGGGCUGGCGCUGCGACCAGGAGGAAGACUGCACAGACGGCAGCGAUGAGCUUGACUGUGGAGGGUGGCCCUGCCUGCUGUCCCAGGUGCCCUGUGCCCACAGCCCGCACUGCGUGUCCCCAGGACAGUUAUGUGAUGGUGUGACACAGUGCCCCGAUGGUUCAGAUGAGGACCCCAAUGCUUGCGAGGAGCUGUCAGCUUCAGGAGGCCCCAACAGGACAGGAGUUCCCUGCCCAGAAUUCUCCUGCCAGAAUGGCACCUGCAUUGAUUUUCUGCUGGUGUGUGAUGGGAAUCCAGACUGUGAAUCGGCAGGUGAAGCACAGCAGUCCCUGGAUGAGCAGGGUUGUGGGGCCUGGGGCUCCUGGGGUCCAUGGGAGCCAUGCAGUCAGACCUGCGGGCCUGGCAUACGGGGCCGGAAUCGACACUGCUCCGCAUCUAGGCUCCCAGUGUUACAGAACUGCCUGGGCCCACAGCACCAGUCACAGGCCUGCUUUACAGAGGCCUGCCCAGUGGACGGUGAAUGGGGCUCCUGGUCUUCCUGGUCUCCAUGUUCUGAAUCCUGUGGGGGCACCAUGACACGGCAUCGGCAGUGCCACCCACCCAAGAACGGGGGCCAGGACUGUGCCCUGCUGCCUGGGAGCCUUCAGAGCACCCACCAGACCAAUCCCUGCCCUCAGGAGGGAUGCCCCAAUGCCACUUGCUUUGGAGAGUUGGUAUUCAGGCCUUGUGCCCCCUGUCCUCUGACUUGUGAUGACGUUUCUGGUCAGGCCAUGUGCUUGCUUGACAGGGCCUGCAGCAGCCCAGGUUGCUGGUGUCCAGAAGGGCAGGUGCUGGCCACUGAGGGGCGGUGUGUGAGGCCUAGUAAAUGCCCCUGCCUGGUGGAUGGUACCCGUUACUGGCCUGGGCAACGCAUCAAGAUGGACUGCCAGCUCUGCUUCUGCCAGGAUGGCCGGCCACGUCGCUGCCGGCCCAAUCCAGAAUGUGCUGUGGAUUGUGGCUGGUCUUCCUGGUCCCCCUGGGCAGAGUGCCUGGGUCCCUGCGGCAGCCAGAGCCUCCAGUGGUCUUUUCGGAGCCCCAACAACCCACGCCUCUCUGGCCGCGGUCGCCAAUGCCGUGGCAUCCACCGCAAAGCCCGCAGGUGCCAGACAGAGUCCUGUGAGGGCUGUGAACAGUGGGGCGUCAUGCACCAUGUUGGGGAACGCUGGCGUGGGGGCCCCUGCACGGUGUGUGAGUGUCUGCACGGGGGUAUCACACGCUGCUCCCCCUAUUGCCCACUGGGCCGCUGCCCCCAGGGCUGGGUCCUCGUGGAGGGAAAGGGAGAAUCGUGUUGCCACUGUGUGCUGCCUGGAAAGAACCAGACAGUGGUCCCCAUGACCACUCCUGCCCCUGGCCCCAGCCCUCAGAGCGGAACCCCUCUGGUCACCUAUGUUCUGCCUCCUGUGGGGGAUGCCUGCUAUUCUCCCCUCGGCCUGACCCGACUGCCCAUGUGGGCACCGUCCCAGCCUCAUGCACACCCUACCUGGGCUGCCUCCCUGGGAGCUCCCGCUGCAGGGCCUGGCCCCAGAGAGGAUGCUUAUGCCAAGUGGCACACCCAGCCACUCUACCUGCAGCUGGACCUGCUGCGGCUCCGGAACCUAACUGGCAUUAUAGUACAGGGGGCUGGCUCCUCUGCUGCUUAUGUCACCAGCUUGUCACUCCAGUUCAGCAGUGAUGGUCUACAAUGGCAUGACUAUCUCAACUCUCUGCCAAGUACCCUGCAUCCAGCCAUGCUUUACCCUGGGAGCUUGGACCAUGUGGCCCCUGAGGUAUGGACAUUCGACCAGAUGGUACAGGCCAGGUAUGUCAGGGUGUGGCCACAGGAGGACCACCAAGGUGGUGGUGGUGGCGGCGGCGGUGGCGGCGGCGGCGGCGGCAAUGUCCAGCGCAACCUCUUCCUGUGGGUGGAGCUACUGGGCUUGUCCCCAUUGGCAACUCCAUGUCCAGGGACCGGGCACCGAUGUGCGAGUGGUGAAUGUGCCCCGAAGGGUGGGCCAUGUGAUGGUGCUGUGGACUGUGAGGAUGGUUCUGAUGAGGAGGCCUGUGGGCCCCUUCGUGCAGGCACCACCAGCAGAGUCUAUUCCACAACCAGGCCCCCAGCCCUCUCCUCUGCCCAGCCUGGAACAUUUCCAUUGCAGCGCGGGGAGGUUCUGGCAGACAAGGAGCACCAGCAGCCGAAGCAGGAAUCAUCCAUGUCUAGUGAAGGUGUGUCAGGUCCCGCCCACACUGCUGAGGCUCCUCUUCCUGUUUCAGGGCAAUCCAUGCAGACAGUGGCCACGAUCUCCACCUUCUUUCCUGCCACCAACAGCCUGCACCCAGGAAUGGCAGCUGUGACGGUGCUUCCCUCACACUCAGUCACUCCAGGAACUCCUGUUGGCCAAAGUGUCACCCCCAGGCCCUUCCCACCCAUGUGGUGUGGCCCCGGGCAGAUGCCCUGUGAAGUGCUGGGCUGUGUGGAGCAGGAGCAACUGUGUGACGGGAGGGAGGACUGUCUUGACGGCUCCGAUGAGCAGCACUGUGCAAGGGCUGGACCCUUCACCGUGCCCACCACUGCCCUCCCUGGGUUGCCAGCCUCAAGGGCCCUCUGCUCCCCAAGUCAGCUGAGCUGUGGCAGUGGGGAGUGCCUGCCUUACGAGCAGCGCUGUGACCUUCAGCUGAACUGCCAGGAUGGCUCUGAUGAGGAUGACUGUGUGGACUGUGUGUUGGCACCUUGGUCUGGCUGGAGUGACUGCAGCCGCAGCUGUGGCCUGGGUCUCAGCUUCCAACGCCGGGAGCUUCUGAGACCUCCCCUGCCUGGAGGCAGCUGUCUGUUACACCAGCUCCGUAGCCAGUCCUGCUUUGUGCAAGCCUGCCCAGUGGCUGGGGCAUGGGCAGAAUGGGGACCCUGGGAGCCCUGCAGUGUCUCCUGUGGAGGUGGCCACCGGAGUCGCCAGAGGAGCUGUGUGGAUCCCCCACCCAAGAAUGGUGGUGUCCCCUGCCCUGGGCCUUCUCAUGAGAGAGCACCCUGCAGCUUGCAGCUCUGCCCGGGUGACACAGACUGUGAGCCAGGCCGCGUACACGUGACCACUGAGCUAUGUCAGAAGGGCCUAGUGCCCCCGUGUCCACCCUCCUGCCUGGACCCUGAAGGCAACAGAAGCUGCAGCGGCCACUGUGUGGAAGGAUGCCGCUGCCCUCCUGGGCUCCUGCUCCAGGACUCUCACUGCCUGCCCCUCUCUGAAUGCCCCUGCCUGGUAGGCCAAGACCUGAGGCAGCCCAGGUUGCCUUUCCUGCUGGACAACUGCAGCCAAUGCACAUGUGAGAAUGGGACACUGCUGUGUAAGCCAGGGGGCUGCUCCCAGUCCUGUGGCUGGUCUGCCUGGUCCCCCUGGACUCCUUGUGAUCGCUCCUGUGGCUCUGGAGUGCGGGCCAGGUUCAGGUCCCCCUCCAACCCUCCUGUGGCACUGGGAGGUGCACCGUGUGAAGGUGACAGGCAGGAGCUGCAGGCCUGCUACACAGCAUGUGGGACAGAGAUACCAGGUUGGACACCUUGGACGUCCUGGUCCUCCUGCUCCCAGAGCUGCCUUGUCCCCGGGGGGGACCCUGGCUGGCGGCAGCGUUCUCGGCUGUGCCCCGGUUCCAGGGACACACUCUGUCCUGGGGAAGCUACCCAGGAGGAACCCUGCAGCCCCCCUGUGUGCCCAGUGCCAAGAUCCUGGGGUUUAUGGGGCCCCUGGUCCACCUGCUCAGCCUCCUGCAAUGGUGGCAUCCAGACUCGUGGGCGCAGUUGCUCUGGCUUUGCUCCUGGGAACCCUGCGUGCCCAGGACCCCACACUCAGACCAGAGACUGCAACAUGCAGCUAUGCGCAGCCCAGUGCCCAGGGAACACGGUGUUCCGAUCAGCAGAGCAGUGCCACGAGGAAGGGGGUCCAUGCCCUCAGCUGUGCCUGGCACAGGAUCCUGGGGUGGAGUGCACUGGCUCCUGUGUCCCUAGCUGCACCUGCCCCCCUGGCCUCUUCCUGCAUAAUGCUAGCUGCCUGCCCCGUAGCCAGUGCCCCUGCCAGCUGCACGGGCAGCUCUAUGUACCAGGAGCAAUGGCUCGCAUGGACUGCAACAACUGCACCUGUGUCUCUGGCGAAAUGGUGUGCACCUCAGAGCUCUGCCCAGUGGCCUGUGGCUGGAGCCCCUGGACUCCAUGGAGUCCCUGCAGCCAAAGCUGUGAUGUGGGCAUUCGACGGCGCUUCAGAGCAGGCUCUGCCCCGCCUGCUGCCUAUGGGGGUGCCGAGUGCCAAGGUCCCAACAUAGAUGCUGAAUUCUGCAGUUUGAGGCCAUGCCGAGGCCCUGGUGCACAGUGGGGGUCCUGGACACCAUGCUCAGUGCCCUGUGGUGGUGGCUACAGAAACCGCACUCAAGGCAGUGGCCCGCACAGCCCUGUUGAGUUCUCUACCUGCAGCCUGCAGCCCUGUGCAGGACCAGUGCCGGGUAUGUGUCCUAAGGGCCAGCAAUGGCUGGAGUGUGUCCAGGGCCCGGCCUCCUGUGCCCAUCUCAGCACCCCUAGAGAGCCUAAUCAGACCUGCCGUCCUGGCUGCUCCUGCCCCUCUGGGAUGCUCCUGCUAAACAAUGUGUGUGUGCCUGCCCAGGACUGCCCCUGUGCCCACAGGGGGCGUCUUCAUCCCCCAGGCAGUGUUGUGGUUCAUCCAUGCGAGAAUUGCUCCUGCAUCUCUGGCCUCAUCACCAACUGUAGCUCCUGGCCUUGUGAGGAAGGCCAGCCUGCGUGGUCAUCCUGGACCCCAUGGAGUGUGUGUUCAGCCUCCUGCAGUCCUGCCCACCGCCACCGGCACCGCUUCUGUGCCAGGCCCCCCAGUAUGGUGCCCCUCAGCCUGCCUCUGCUGACCACAGUGGCUGCCCCCACCACCCUCUGCCCAGGCCCUGAAGCUGAGAAAGAGCCGUGCCUCCUGCCAGGAUGUGACCAAGCAGGGCACUGGAGUCCUUGGGGCCCCUGGUCUGGAUGUAGUCGGAGCUGUGGAGGAGGCCUGCGGAGCCGGACCCGAGCCUGUGACCAGCCACCUCCUCAAGGCCUGGGGGAUUUCUGUGAGGGACCUCAGGCCCAGGGGGAGACCUGCCAGACUCAACCAUGCCCAGUGACCAACUGCAGCACCAUCGAAGGGGCAGAGUAUAGCCCCUGUGGCCCUCCUUGUCCCCGCUCCUGUGAUGACCUGGUGCACUGUAUGUGGCACUGCCAGCCAGGCUGCUACUGUCCUCUGGGCAAGGUACUGAGUGCUGAUGGGGCCAUCUGCGUGCAGCCCAGUCACUGCAGCUGCCUGGACCUGCUGACUGGGAAGCGCCACUAUCCAGGCACUCAGCUGAUGAGACCUGAUGGCUGUAACCACUGCACCUGCAUAGGAGGGAAACUAAACUGCACAGACCUGCCCUGUCAAGUGCCUGGAGGCUGGUGCCUAUGGUCAGAGUGGACAGCAUGCUCCCAGCCCUGCAGGGGCCAAACAAGGACCCGCUCCAGGGCCUGUGUCUGCCCUGCUCCCCAGCAUGGGGGUGCCCCAUGCCCUGAGGAGGCAGGGGAAACAGGAGUGCAGCAUCAGAUGGAGGCCUGCCCUAACUUCACUGCAUGCCCAGUGGAUGGAGCCUGGAGCCCUUGGGGGCCAUGGUCCCCCUGUGAUGCAUGCCUGGGGCGAUCCCAUCGGAAUCGGCUGUGCAGCCAUCCACCCGUCUCUGAUGGAGGCAGGCCUUGUCCUGGGGGCCACCAACAGAGUCGCCCUUGUUGGAACAGUUCUGCCCUGUGCACAGACUGUGGAGGGGGCCAGGAACUCUUACCUUGUGGGCAGCCCUGUCCUCACUCCUGCCAGGACCUGUCCCGCAGCAGUACAUGCCAGCCAGGCUCAGCGAGCUGCCAGUCUGGCUGUGGGUGUCCCCCAGGCCAGCUCUCCCAGGAUGGGCUCUGCAUGCUCCCAGAUGACUGUCACUGCCACUUCCAGCCUAGAGCCAUGGGGAUUCCUGAGAACCAGAGCCGGUCAGUAGGGUCCACACUCAGCUCCUGGGAGAGUCUUGAACCUGGAGAGGUGGUGACAGGGCCCUGUGACAACUGCACCUGUGUGGCAGGUGUCUUCCAGUGCCAUGAGGUGCCCAGCUGCCCUGGUCCUGGGAUGUGGAACUCCUGGGGGCCCUGGGAGAAAUGCAGUGUCUCCUGUGGGGGAGGGGAGCAGCUACGUUCCAGGCACUGUGCCCGGCCCCCCUGCCCUGGUCUGGCUCGACAGAGCCGAGCUUGCCACAUCCAGGUCUGCAGAGAGACAGGCUGUCCAGCGGGCCGAUUAUACCGUGAAUGCCAGCCCGGCGAGGGGUGCCCCUUCUCUUGCGCUCACAUCACAGGACAGGUGGCCUGCUUCUCUGAGAGCUGUGAGGAGGGAUGCCACUGUCCCGAGGGCACCUUUCAGCACCACUUGGCCUGUGUCAAGGAGUGCCCCUGUGUGUUGACAGUCUUGCUGCUGCAGGGGCUUGGGGUGGCCAGCAAUGUCCCCGGGUCCUACCCAGCCCUCCUGGGAGCUGAGGGCCAGACCCUUAGACCUGGAGAUGAGCUUCAGCCAGGCCAGAUACUCCACACAGUCUGCGGAAACUGCUCCUGUGUUCAUGGGAAGCUGUCUUGCUCUCUGGAGGGAUGCUCCAGGUUCAACGGCAGCUUUGGUCCCUGGGGCAUGUGGAGCCCAUGUUCCCACUCUUGUGGUGGGCUGGGUACCCGCACCCGUACCCGCCAAUGUGUGCAUCCCACACUUGUUCCUGGUGGACUGGGUUGCCGUGGGUCCCUUCAGGACCUGGAAUACUGCUUCAGCCUGGAAUGCCCUGGGACUGCAAGAGCCACUGUGGAGCCCGUGACAGGUCCUGCAGGUGGCUGGGGCCUAUGGUCCCCAUGGUCUCCUUGUUCCCACAGCUGCACAGACCCUGCUCACCCGGCAUGGCGUAGCCGCACACGCCUCUGCUUGGCUAACUGUACAGUGGGGCGCUCCUCACAAGAGCGUCCGUGCAACCUACCCUCAUGUACAGGGCUGCCCCUGUGCCCUGGUCCUGACUGUGUGUCAGAGAACUGUUCCUGGACAUCCUGGGCCCCAUGGGGAUCUUGCUCCCGCAGCUGUGGGGUAGGUCAGCAGCGCCGACUACGAGCGUAUCACCCUCCUGGGCCUGGUGGACACUGGUGCCCUGACAUCCUGACUGCCUACCAGGAGCGCCGCUUCUGCAACCUGCGUGCUUGUCCAGUGCCUGGGGGCUGGUCCCGCUGGAGUCCCUGGUCCUGGUGUGACCGCAGCUGUGGAGGGGGCCGAUCCUUGAGAAGCAGAAGCUGCUCAAGUCCACCACCCAAGAAUGGGGGAGCAGCCUGUGUUGGGGAGAGGCACCACAUCCGGUCCUGCAAUUCCAUGCCGUGUGAGGAAGGUUGCCCAUCAGGCAUGGAGCUGGUGAGCUGUGCCAACCGCUGCCCCCACAGCUGCUCAGACCUGCAGGAGGGAGUCAUUUGUAAGGAGGACGAGGCCUGCCAGUUGGGCUGUCGCUGCUCUGAAGGGUUUCUGGAGCAGGAUGGUGGCUGUGUGCCAGUUGGGUACUGUGAAUGCACAGAUGCCCAGGGCCGCAGGUGGGCCCCAGGGAGCCAGCAUCAGGAUGCCUGCAACAACUGUUCCUGUCAGGCUGGGCAACUCUCCUGCACUGCUCAGCCCUGCCCACCUCCUGCCCACUGUGCCUGGAGCCACUGGUCUGCCUGGAGUCCCUGUAGUCACUCAUGUGGACCUCAAGGGCAACGGAGUCGCUUUAGGUCCUCCACAUCAGGCUCCUGGGCUCCGGAGUGUCAGAAGGAACAGUCACAGAGCCAACCUUGCCCUGAGGCACCCUGCCCACCCCUGUGUCUACACGAAGCCCGCCUCCGUGCCCUGGGGGACAACUGGCUGCAAGGAGAGUGCCAGAAGUGCUCCUGCACUCCAGAGGGAGUGGUCUGCAAAGACAUUGAGUGUGCAGUGCCCGGAGGCUGGACACUGUGGUCUUCCUGGUCCCACUGCUCUGUCUCAUGUGGAGGUGGAAGUCAGGUUCGCACUCGAUCUUGUGUCGUAUCGGCCUCUCAGCACGGCAGCCUACCUUGCCAGGGCCCCGACACCCAGACCCAGCAUUGUGGGCAGCAGCUAUGCCUGCAGCUGCUAGAGACCUGCUCCUGGGGACCAUGGGGACCCUGUUCCCGCAGCUGUGGCACAGGCCUAGCCUCCCGAUCUGGGUCUUGUACCUGUCUACCAACCAAAGAAGACUCCACAUGUAAUGGCACAUUCUCACGCCUGGACACCCAGGCCUGCUACCCAGGGCCCUGCCAGGAGGACUGCACAUGGAGUGACUGGAGCAGCUGGACACGCUGCUCUUGUAAGGUCCUGGUACAGCAGCGUUACCGACACCAGGUGUCGGCACCUGGCCGGGCUGGAGAGGGCUCCCCUUGUACACGUCUGGAUGGCCACUUCCGGCCAUGUGCCAUUGGCAACUGCUCAGAGGACAGCUGCCCACCUCCCUUUGAGUUCCAGUCAUGUGGCUCCCCCUGUGCUGGGCUGUGUGCCACACAUCUGAGCCGUCGGCUCUGCCAGGACCUGCCACCUUGCCAGCCUGGCUGCUACUGCCCCCAGGGCCUGCUGGAGCAGGCUGGGGGCUGCAUACUCCCAGAGCAGUGUAACUGCUGGCAUACCACAGGAGAGGGAGCUAGGGUGAUGCUGGCCCCUGGGGACCACCUGCGGUUAGGCUGUAAGGAAUGUGUAUGUCAGAGUGGAGAGCUGCGGUGUUCCAGCCAAGGGUGCAAAGGUCUUCUGCCUCUAACUGGAUGGUCAGAGUGGUCACCUUGUGGACCCUGUCUGCCCCGAAGUGCCUUGGCCCCUGCCUCCAGGACAUCCCUAGAGAGGCGGUGGCCUCUGAACACAUCAGGUCUCCCUCCAACCUCAGUCACCCUGCUGGCUUCUGAGCAGUACCGGCACCGCCUCUGCUUGGACCCCGAGACAGGGAGGCCCUGGGCCGGAGACCCUGCAUUUUGCACUGUGCCCCUCAGCCAGGAGCGCCUCUGCCCUCACCCUGGAGCCUGUAGUGAUACAUGCCAAUGGAGCCCUUGGGGCUCUUGGAGUCCCUGCCAAGUGCCCUGCAGUGGAGGAUUCAAGCUGCGCUGGAGAGGGGCAAGAGACACCUCUGGUGGAGCAUGCCGUGGACCAUGGGCUCAAACAGAAAGUUGCAAUACGGGAUCUUGCCCAGGAGAGAGCUGUGAGACCCGGGACACUGUGUUUACCCGUGACUGCGCUAACCAAUGCCCUCGCAGUUGUGCUGAUCUCUGGGAUGGUGUUCAGUGUCUACAGGGACCCUGCAGCCCAGGCUGCCGAUGUCCCCCGGGUCGGCUGGUACAGGAUGGACACUGUGUGCCCAUCUCCUCUUGCCGCUGUGGCCUGCCCAGUGCCAAUGCCUCGUGGGAGCUGGCCCCGUCACAGGUGGUCCAGAUGGACUGCCAUAACUGCACAUGCAUCAAUGGGUCCCUGUUAUGUCCAUACCUUGAGUGUCCAGCCCUGGGACCUUGGUCAUCCUGGAGCAAGUGCUCAGCUGCCUGUGGUGGGGGCACCAUGGUGCGCCACAGGGCCUGCGAGGAACGUCCUGAGGGUGUACCAUGCCACGCCCUGGACAUGCAGCAAUGGCAAGAGUGUAACCUGCAGGCCUGCCCUGAGUGCCCACCUGGGCAGGUGCUCAGGACCUGCGCCACUUUGUGCCCAAGCCUCUGCUCUCACUUGCAGCCUGGCACCAUCUGUGUGCGGGAACCCUGCCAGCUUGGCUGUGGCUGCCCUGGGGGACAGCUGCUACACAACGGCACGUGCAUCCCCCCUGCUGCCUGCCCCUGCACCCAGCUUUCCCUGCCUUGGGGCCUCACCCUACCUUUGGAAGAUCAGGCCCGGGAACUGCCCCCAGGGACUGUGCUCACCUGGAACUGCACACACUGCACCUGUGAAGGUGGAGCCUUCAUCUGCUCCCUCACCGACUGUCAGGAGUGCCCCCCUGGGGAAAUAUGGCAGCAUGUCGCCCCUGGGGAGCUGGGCGCUUGCGAGAAGACGUGCCCGGAAAUGAACCUGACGCUGGCUUGGAGCAACUGCACUAAGGCACGCGAUCCAGGCUGUGUGUGUCAGCCAGGGCACUUCCGCAGCCAGACGGGUCUCUGUGUUCCCGAAGACCACUGCGAAUGUUGGCACCACGGGAGUCUCCACUUGCCUGGAUCUAAAUGGCAGGAGGCCUGUGAGAGCUGCCACUGCUUCCGCGGGAGGAGUGUCUGCUCUCAAGACUGCCCAGCCCUCACCUGCGCUCAGGGUGAAGUGAUGGUGCAGGAGCCAGGGCGCUGCUGUCCCACUUGCCAACAGGACACACGGGAGGAGGAGCCAGCCUCCUGCAGGCACCUCACAGAACUCAGAAACCUCACCAAGGGUCCCUGCCACCUGGAUCAGGUAGAAGUGAACUACUGCAGUGGCCACUGCAGGUCUAGUACCAACGUCAUGACUGAGGAACCCUACCUGCAGAGCCAGUGUGACUGCUGUAGCUACCGCCUGGAUCCAGACAGCCCCGUUCGCAUCCUGAACCUCCAUUGCCCUGAUGGCCACACUGAGCCAGUGGUGUUGCCAGUGAUCCAUAGCUGCCAGUGCAGUGCCUGCCAGGGUGGUGAUCUCUCAAAGCGCUGACAGGCUCUGUUGGAAGCAUCCCCUGCUGUCUCUCCUGUGAUGCUCGCUCCCUGCUUCCUUAAGUCCCCACUUACCUGCUUCUGACUUAUGAACCAUGCUCUGGCAUUAGCUUAUUCCAAA